AUGUCUCCUCCCCAGCAACUUCAACUUCAACUUCACCCGCGCUAUGAUCCAUUUGACUCGUCCAAGCCCGCCGGCGGCACCGGCGUCCUCCCGCCCCUCCCCAACGGCGUCUCCGCGCACAAUACCUCGAAAAUCAUGCGCUCAGUCGUUCUCUACGCCGUUGUGCCGCUGGCGGUGAUAGCGCUGGUACUCUUGAGUCUGUUCUUCGUCGGCAGGUGGUACGCGAAGAAGAAUCCGGAGGCGGCGGACUGCUCGCCAGCUGCGCUGGUGCGGAAGAUGCUAAGGGUGGCGUGGUGGAAGGUGAUAAGAAAGGAAGGGAAGGGUCCGACCCCGGAUUUCGAGAAAGAUGUAGAGGCGCAAAAGGGUAUAGAUGAGAAGGCUGGGAAGAGUGAGACAGACAGUUUUGAGACGAAGAGCUUGGAGGCGGGUAGUUUGGACUCGAAAAGCAUUGAUUCCGUAAGCGUCGACUCCAAGACCACCCACCCAAAAAGCAGUAUCGACAUCACAAGCAUCGGCAUCGUUCGUAUUGACACCAGGAGUGUUGAAGCUGAGCGUCUUGAAGCGAAGACUUAA